ACGGGGGCGCUGCUUCCCCUCUUCGGUAUGAUAAAGCACAUUUCCUGAAUUUGGAUUUGUAACAGAAAGACGCGACCUGUCUUCGACACAGUUUCAGCUAUUCAGCCUUUGUAAAGUCACGUAUCCUUAGUCACAAAUGUAAAGUUUGGUGUGAUUAUGUAAAAGCUCAUCUCCCACACAGACUCGAAUGUACUGCGGAUGACUUCCAGUAAAACUACGCAAUGUCGUGACAGCGGAAACUCCCACCACUCUUUCUAAAAUAUUAAAGGUUAUGAAGCCAACAUCUGCGCACAUUGCAAACUCCUAAAUAAUGGGACAAGCGAAGAGCUGCGAGGGAGAGGACAAAACUUCCUCUGGACAAUGCGCAGCAGUAGACAGCCCUUCAACAACAGAAGAAGAGAACCUGUCCAAAGCCAACAUCACUUUUACUCUGGAUCUGUUCAGAUCUUUGGAAAACCAAAACAAAAGCUCCAAUGUUUCCUUCUCUCCACUCAGCGUCUCUGCAGCACUCUCCAUGGUGCUACUUGGGGCCAAAGGCAGGACAGCAGAUCAGAUGAGAGAGUGCUUGAAAACUAAAGAUUGUAAAGAUGUCCAUUCCAGUUUUGCUGCCCUGUUGAAAAAAUUAAACAAAACAGAUCCAUCAUAUGCUGUCAGUAUUGCCAACAGACUGUACGGAGAACAGUCCUACGAGUUUAUAGAGAAGUUUCUUGAAGGGACCAGAGAAUUCUAUAAUGCAGAGCUAGAGACUGUGGACUUCGUCAAAAAAGCAGAAGAAGCACGAAUCCAAAUGAACUGCUGGGUGGAGGAGCAGACACAGGGUAAAAUUAAGGAUCUGCUGGGUAAAGGUGCCGUGGACAGUGCAGCAAAGUUAGUGCUGGUGAAUGCCAUCUAUUUGAAAGCCGACUGGAGAAAGCAGUUUGAAAAAGAGAAGACACGGGAUGCGAAAUUUAGACUUAACAAGCGUCAAACUCAGACAGUGAAGAUGAUGCACCAGUCAGGGAUGUUCAUGUUAAGGAAAGUUGAGGAAAUCAGCUGCCAGGUGAUAGAGAUGUUUUAUACAUGUGAGCUAAGCAUGCUCAUCUUUUUACCUAAUGACAUAAAGGACAGUACUACAGGUCUGGAGAAGCUGGAGCAGCAGCUGACCUACGAGUCCUUUGUGGAGUGGACCCGCCGAGACAAAAUGACCCUGUAUAAGGUGGAUCUGAGACUUCCUCGAUUCAGGAUUGAGCAGAACUACGAGCUGAAUGAGGUCCUGAAGACCAUGGGCAUGGAGGACGCAUUUGACCACUGCAAAUGUGACUUCUCUGGAAUGUCACCUGCCAAAGACCUGAUGCUGUCCCAGGCCGUCCACAGAGCUGUUGUUGAUGUGAAUGAAGCAGGAACAGAGGCGGCUGCUGCUACAGUGGUGCAUAUGUUGUGCGGACGCGCAUUAAUAUAUAUACCUCCUCCACGAGCCACUUUCAACGCAGAUCACCCUUUCAUUUUCUUCAUCAAACACAUUCCCACUGACACAGUUCUGUUCGCUGGGAGAUUCUGCUCAAAACAAUAAUUCUGUGCAUUACAUUUAAAUGGACAUCUUCAGUGAAAAUGUAGUGGGGAAAUAAACACAAUGGUUUGUU